UUGAACAGUGCGCAUGCGUUCACUUUAUUUGCAGGGUUAUUUUGCUGAAGGGAGCUUGAAGAUAUAGGACUGUUUUUUCUUUAUAGAUAAAUGUCUAAAGUUUGAAUGUCAGAAGGUACGCUUUUCACCCUUUUUUAUCACCAUUUUUAUUCAAAUAGAUUAUAAUGUAAUAUAAUCAUGUCUCCCCGCAUUGACGACGUGAUGAAGCUGUGUUGUGAGCUUUCUGCAAAUCAGCAGUUAAAAACCACAGUGAAGCAUUCUGGGAAGGGGGCUCUGACUGCUGGAGGACUUGCUUUUGCUGGAGGAUUGUUCGGCGGACCACUUGGCAUCGCAGUAGGCGGGGCUGUUGGAGGACUUCUGGGAUGUUGGAUGACAAGCGGUCAGUUCAAACCACUUCCUCAGGUCAUCAUGGAAAUGACACCAGAGCAGAAGAAGAAGCUCUACGAGGACGUCAUGGCCAUCUUGGGCUCAAUCGAGUGGACUGAUGUUGCUCAGUUAACGGCCAUUGUCAUGGGUAGCACAUCACUUCAGCAGCAAGUCACUGCAGCGUUAGUGACCUACAUCCACAAAGAGCUGCAGGCCGAGGUUCAUUAUCUGGACUGAACCAAAUGAUCAGAUCACUCGUUUGGACUCGUUCGACUUCUUUAAUGGGUAAUAUGAAGAUGAUUAUGUAUUCUAUUUAAGUGAAACCUAUUUAUUUAUUUUUACUAUGUUUUAAUAUUCACCAUUUUAGAAACCAAUUGCAAAUGAUGACACCGUGAGAAUGAAUAAACUGUUAGCAUUGUUUUUCCUGUAGGACUAUUUAAAUAAGGUUCUCGCUAUAAUACCAAUUCUGUCCUUUUUCAAUUAUUUGCCAACUAAUUAUUAAAUUAGCUCUCACUACAUUUUCUUACAAUUAAAUUUCCACGUCACCUACUGAUUAGUUACAUUAUACUCCUCUGUUAUGUCAAGGGAAGUGAAUUAAAAUGCACUUCUUCAAUUACUCAUUCAAUUACUUCCCCCCCAAAUAGUUUUAUUUUCUUGUCCUCCUUACUUUAUAGUGUCUUCUCUUAUUGAUGACCAGUUGCCUACAGCUGUAUUACCUUUCCUUCCAUAUGUGGUUCUUCUCCAAUCUGUUACCACAAAGCCCAAAUCUGUUCCGGCAUGGCAGUGCCCCUGUGCACAAAGCGAUCUCCAUGAAGAUAUGGUUUACAUAUUGGAGAGAAAGAUCUU